CAUCAAGCAGCGGUAAGUCAUAUGACCUAGAGUUCCCCCAACUAGCAGAACGCAACCCAUCGACUGUUUAACAUAGCUAUAACUAUUGCCAAUAUCUUGCCACGUAUUUCCCGAAGUAUUAAUGGAUUGCAGAAUUGUUAUCUUCCAACAGUUGAGUGGUCUGUCCAGCUAAACGCGCCGAGCGAGCUUCCUGUCUAUGUACCGAGUUCAAAGACCAAUUUAUAUGAGCCUACAUAUUUCACAUCGCGCUUCGCAGCGACGGACUAGAUGGUCGACCUUUGUUUAAACACUAGUAUUAUAUCUGCGAUUAAGAAGAAGCCUCGUUGCUCUCGUUUUUAAGGACAAUGAAACUCAUUAUUCUUGAACAAUAUGACCAGGUUAGUGAGUGGGCUGCAAAAUACGUAAGAAACAAGAUUUUACUCUUCAAUCCUGGUCCGGAAAGAUAUUUCACAUUGGGUCUACCAACUGGUGGAACACCACUUGGUUGCUACAAGAAACUGAUCGAGUUCUACAAGAAUGGAGAAGUCUCAUUCCAGUAUGUCAAAACAUUUAAUAUGGAUGAAUACGUUGGUCUUCCCAGAGAUCACCCGGAAAGCUACCAUUCCUUCAUGUGGAAUAACUUCUUCAAGUACAUUGACAUAAGAGCAGAAAAUGUCCACAUUCUGGAUGGAAAUGCUGCAGAUCUUCCCUCAGAGUGCCAGGCCUUUGAGAAGAAGAUACAAGAUGCUGGGGGAAUAGAACUUUUUGUUGGAGGUAUUGGACCCGAUGGACACAUUGCCUUCAAUGAGCCCGGUUCUAGCCUGGUUUCGCGGACCAGAGUGAAAACCCUGGCGAUGGACACCAUCCAGGCUAACGCUCGAUUUUUUGAUGGGGAUCUGACAAAGGUGCCCACGAUGGCUCUGACAGUCGGAGUAGGCACUGUGAUGGAGGCAAAGGAGGUCAUGAUUCUCAUUACUGGCGGACACAAGGCUUUUGCUUUGUACAAAGCUAUCGAGGAGGGCGUUAACCACAUGUGGACGGUAUCUGCAUUCCAGCAGCACCCACAGACCCUUUUUGUGUGUGACGAAGAUGCCACUCUGGAACUCAGGGUCAAAACUGUUAAAUACUUUAAAGGGAUGAUGCACGUGCACAACAAGCUGGUGGAUCCACUUCCUGGUAGCCUGAAGAAAAACUGAAGUUCUGCAAUAGGCAAAGGCCUAUUUAAAUGUACUGUUUUCAACACUCCACCUUAUUAUCAUUUCAUAACAUAUUUUGCAUUCAUUUUCUUUUAGUAAAGCAGGAAUUUGUUUAAAUCUUAUUAUGAGCAGAGAUAAUUCAUUUUUUAUGUUUUUUCUUUUUUAGAACUCUUGAGGUUGUUUAGUACAAAUAUAAGUAAACAUGGAACUUUUUAACAAUAAAAACACUUAAUCAAAACUUAA